AUGACAAAAAUUAAUAACGGUGAAUGGAGAUUAUUGGAAGAAUUAAUUGGAAAGAAAACUGAACAAGAAUCUCGUAUUAAUGAGACAAAUAUUGUCCAACCAACAUUAUUUGCUAUACAAGUUGUAUUAGCAGCUUUACUUGUUUCUUGGAAUAUUUAUCCAUCAUUUAUAAUAUCAUAUAGUGGUGGUAAUCAAGCAGCUACUUUUGUUGCUGAUCGUUUAAGUUUAAAAGAAACUGUUCGUAUUGAACAUUUGGCUUGUAUUGUUGUUGUUAAUAGUCCUCGUUCAGUCACAAUAAGUGGUGAUGAAAAAACUAUUGAUGAAAAACAACAAAUUCUUUCAAUCUCAUACCCAAAUAUAUUUAAAGCAUAUUCAAAUGUAAGACAAACUGUUCGAUUUUAUGAUACUAUAACAUUAAUUAUAAAAGAUGAAGCAGCAAAUAUUUUUCUUGAAAUUUCACCACAUCCAGUUUUAGCAAAAUCAAUUCGUGAAUGUUAUGAAUUAACAAAUCAACAACAAUCAUCACCACCACUUAUUCUUCUAACAUUAAAACGAAAAGAAAAUGAACAAAGAACAUUACUUACUAGUUUAGCACAACUGACAACAUCAUCUCAUGUAUGGCAACAAUAUUUUCAUACUCGUCAAAUUUUACCGUUGAAAAAUCAUGAAGAAUAUUUUGAUAAUUUUCCAUUAUAUAAAUUUAAUUUGACUAAUCGUAUUCAAACUCAUCCAUUACUUGGUAUUCGUCAAUUAAAUGAUCAGACAAGUGCAACAUGGAAAAGUCUUAUUAAUAUUAAUUUAGCACAACAUUCUUUCUUAAAAGAUCAUAAAAUUCAAGAUGCAAUUCUUUUCCCGGUUGUUGCUUAUCUUGACCUUGCAACAGCUGCUUGUCAACAAUUACUUUCAUCAAAAGAAGAUGAUCAACAACAACAACCGACAUUUAUUUUUGUAGAUGUUAAAUUUGUUAAAGUACUUAUUCUUAAUGAACAUGAAUUGAUGGAAGUAUUUGCACAAAUAAUUAUGCCAAUGCGUGAAUGGUAUAUCAUAUUUUGUAAUCAAGAUAAUCUUAAUAAAUAUUCAUUAAAUGAAUUUACUUUACAUUCACAAGGUAAAAUUGAUUCUAAACAACAAAAAUCAUUAACAAUACCUGAUAGAUGGACAACACAAGAUAUACGAAGUACUUAUGCACAUCUUUCAACACGUGCUGAUCCAUAUGCAUCUAGUUUUGAAAAAAUCAAAACAUUACGUGGUACUUCAACUACAAUUAUAUCUCAACUAUCAAAUGAUGAUAAUAAUUGUUCAUCUUAUUAUCUACUUCAUUCAUAUCUAGUUCUAGUACCACGUGUUGAAACAACAUUUCUUCCAGUACAUAUUCAAAAAUUUAUUUAUUCAAAUAAAAUAAAAAUAAAAAUCAAUCAAUCAACAAAUAUCGAAGUAUGUGGAAAUUAUCAUGAUAAUAUAUGUGGUAUAGGCCAAGAAGAAAUAUAUAAUCUUGAUUUAUGGAUAUUUCCAAUAGAUAAUAAAAUAGAAGAACCAAUAUUUACAUUUGAAGGUGCUGUUAUUCAACAAGUUCAAGGUGCACAUUCUGGUCGAUGGUCAAUGAAAAAAACAAUUUAUGACAAAUUAAAUCUAACAACUGAUUUACCUAAUAAAGAUCAUAAACUAUAUUUAAAUACAAUUAUAAAAGAUUAUUGUAUGAAAAGAGUAUGGACUGAUUCACCAAUAAUAAAAGAUAAAUCAGGUUUACUUCCAUCACCCAAAAUUAUUCUUAAUAAUCAACUUAAUUCUAUUAGUAAUCAAGAUUUAAUUGAAUCCAUAGAACCAUUUAAUGAACUGGCUGCUUAUCAUGCUCAAAUGGCAAUUAAAAAUUUUGAUUUAAAUCAACAACAUCAUCCAUUAUUAAAUGCAUGUCGUUCUCUUAUUUCAACUUUACUUUCGGAACAAAUAGUAACAUGGCAUUCAAUACAACUUGGUUUUAUUCAAUUAUGCGAACGUUUUCCUCAUAUUCUUAAUGGAGAAAAAAAUGGAUUAGAUAUAUUUUUUGGUGAUGAUGGAAUUGGUCAAAUUUUUCGUUCGAUUUGUCAAUAUUUGCAAUUACAAUAUGAACAACAACAAACGAAAGAUAAUUCAUUUGAGAAUUAUCAAUUACGUAUAUUUUGGUUAACUGAUAAUGAUUGUUCAGAUAUUUUACCUAUUCUUGAUUUUUUUCUGAAUUUAUCACAACAAAUAGGUUUAUUAAUUGAUUUGUAUUAUGUAAAUUCUGAUCCAACACAACUUGCAAAUGCUCAACAAACAUUUAAUAUAUAUAUAAUUAAUCAAACAAAAAAGUUAUCUAUUAUUUAUGAUGAAACAAUUGAUUUAUAUGAUAGUAAAACAUUUGAUAUUAUAUUUUCUUCCAAUCAACUUCAAGAAAAUCAAGAUUUAAUAAAUUCUUUAAUUGAUCUUCGUCGUUUACUUGAAUUAGUUCAUAUUCCUCUUUAUUUUGAUCUUACUUUUGGUUUUAUUGAUCAAUGGUGA